AUGGCGAUUGUCAACAUUGUUACUGCUUCAACCGGUCUACUAUUUUUUAUUUCCUGCUAUUUACUGACUCAAAAAGUUUUGAACAAACAUUUUACUGCAAAUCUUAACAAACAUGACAUCGCCAAUGUAUCGGAAAAAAUUGUUUGUAGUAUACAGGCAGUAUGUUCAUGUAUAGCAGGUUUUAUAAUAGCUAGAUCUUGUCAUGAUGUAAUUUAUGACCAACACUGGUUAUCAAAUGGAUAUGCUUGUUUUGCUCUGCCAUAUUUCAUAUUUGAUUGUUGGGCUAUGUACACCACUCAUUAUCAUGAGCAUCAGGGGAUUUUAAAACAUAAAGAUGUAAUCAACAGACUCUACCAUUUUGUGAUAAAUACUAAACUAUUGCUAAUCCACCAUGUUGUGUUUCCUAUCAUAUUUUUUCCUAUUUUAAUGUUUAUUCGAGGAGGAAAGGGAGAUUUUUUUGUUGGUGUAUUUUAUAUGAUAGAGAUCACAGUGCCAUUUAUUAGUGCCAGGCAAAUUAUGUUACAGUUGAAGUUAACAGACUAUCCGUCCUACUCUGUUGUUGGUCUAUCUAUGAUUGCAGUUUUCUUUAUAAGCAGAAUUUUAGUCUUUCCUUAUUUAUAUUUUUGUUAUGCCAAAUAUGCCAAAAUAUCAUUUUUAGAUGUAUUCACACAUAUACCAGUAAAGUGUAAUAUAGGUUGUUUGGCUCUUCUUUUACCACAGAUAUAUUGGUUAAGUUUAAUGAUAAAAGGUGCAAUAAAAUUUUUCACAAAGCCAAAAUUCAAAUUAAAUGGCUCAUCGUUUUUUAAUAAGAUAAGUUGAUUAUCAUAUAAGAGAGAUUCAAGAGGGUGUUCAAGCCUUUGUAUGCUCUUAGGGAUCAGGAAACCAGUACAAUUGACAAUCAACUAGUCACUAUUCAACAGAAGGCACUGACACAGGGUUAGUCUGUGAUUCCUGUGAUUCCAAAAGUGUACCAUUUGGUCAAAUUUCCCAGGAAUUACAGGAAUGGAACCAAAUGAUAGAGUGUC